CAGAGAUCAGUCCGCAGUCCACACCACACUCACUGCCGCUGUUCUUCCACAAUGUCUGCUAUCAAAGAAACUGUCUGCGUCACCGGCGGAAGUGGCUUCAUCGGAUCCUGGCUUGUCCGUCUGCUCCUCGACCGAGGCUAUACCGUUCAUGCCACCGUCAAGGACCUCCAGGACGAUGGCGAGACAAAGCAUCUCGAAGCUCUAGAAGGCGCUGCGGCGCGUCUUCGCUUAUUCCAGCUCAACCUCCUCGACCCUCAAUCCAUCGUCGCCGCCCUCCGCGGCACCACUGGUGUCUUCCAUCUCGCCUCUCCCUGCAUCGUUGAUCGCGUUCAUGAUCCCGAAGGCCAGCUUCUUGAUCCCGCGGUGAAAGGAACGCUUAAUGUUCUUCGGGCGGCACACGAUGAGGGAGUACGCCGCGUGGUGGUCACCUCGUCUAUCUCGGCUAUAAUGCCCAGCCCCGGAUGGCCUGCGGACGUCGUCAAGGACGAGGGUUGCUGGACUGAUCUUGACUAUUGCCGGCAGAACGGGAUCUGGUAUCCGGUUUCAAAGACUAUGGCUGAGAAGCAAGCCUGGGACUUUGCCAAGGAGAAUGGGUUAGAUUUGGUGGUGUUGAAUCCAGGAACUGUAAUGGGCCCAAUUAUCCCGCCAAGUAUCAACGCCAGUAUGUUGAUGCUGCUUCGACUUCUGCAAGGGUGCACUGAACACUAUGAGGACUUUUAUAUGGGUUCUGUUCAUGUCAAAGAUGUAGCACUUGCACAUAUUCUCUUAUAUGAAAUUCCAUCUGUAUCAGGGAGGCAUCUCUGUGUCGAAAGCAUAAUCCAUUUCAGCGACUUCGCUUCAAAGGUUGCUGAAAUUUACCCUGAAUACAUUGUGCCAAAGUUCCCCAAGGAUACCCAACCUGGACUUCUGAGGGCCCAUAAUCCUUCAAAAAAGCUUAUUGAUUUGGGCAUGGAAUUCCUUCCAAUCGAACAAAUUAUCAAAGAUGCGGUGGAGAGCUUAAAGAGCAAGGAUUACACCUCUUUAAACAUUGCCUAAGGUAUUGCAUUCUCCUUUCAUAAUUCCUUUAUGAAGGAUAGUCUUAAUCUGUUGUUUAAAGUUUGCGGUGUUUGUGUAGUUCAGCUGCGUGAGAACAACCUUACGAAGCUAGCAAGUGAAAUGAAACAUUUUAUAUUUAACUACCUUAGUACUAUAUUAUAAUGUAUUACAACUUUAUGAUAACUGUUGGCCUGCUUUAUUCUUCGGUUGAUUGAUCAUGACAUUAGAGAGUACUGUCAUGAUCAGGUGUGCUGCAUUUCCUUUUGCUUGGAUUGUUUAUUGCCAUACAUGUGCAGCGGUUAAAAUGAUUUGUGUUAUUUGUGU